UGUGGGUGAAGGGGAGAAGCAAAGCAAAGCACACUGCCAUGUGCGUACCUGCGCAACUGUCUUGCAUGCUCUGCUCAUGUACCCCAAAACCUAAAAUCCAAUAAAAAAUUAAAAAGAAAAAAAAAAAAAAAAGAAAACAGUACAGGAAUUGAAUGAUUAAUGUACAUUUUGUGUUGUGGGUUGCCCUGUCUGGCCUCAGUACUAAUAGUGGUGCCAUAUAGAUUCUAUUAUACAUAUUAUCUAUAUUAUUUGGAUAACAUGUAAAUUUUGAUAUGAAUUUAAUUUUUUUUGAGAUAGGGGUCUCACUGUGUUGUCUAGGCUGAUCUUGAAGUCCUGGGUUCAAGCAAUCCGCCCAUUUCAGCCUCUCCAGUAGCUGGAACUACAAGUACACACCACCAUGCCUCACCAUUAAUUAUGAUAUAAUUUUGUAGAUGAAUUGUAAUGCAACAAUGAGAGCUAGGAGAAUGAGUUGAGGAAUGAAUAACUUCAAUAUUUUACGAAAUGAAAUUAUAAGAAAAAUUGAUCAUUUUCUUUAUUGAUGACUGAACACUUGUUAACCCAUUCCUCUGGGCAGGGCACAAAUCCUAUCCUUGCUGCUGUCGCUGAACUAUGAUCUUUUGUGCAAUACACCACCAUCGCAAUGUGUUUGUAUCCUUCAGACACACUUUCCACAUUAUGCCUUCAUUUAUUUAUCCUUGUUUAUUUAUCCCUUUUAUAUCAUUUUCUUAAAUUAGUUAAUUUUUAAGUUCAUCAAGUAAAAAUUGUACCUAAUUAUGGCAUAUAACAUGAUGCCUUGAAAUGUGGAUACAUUAUGGAAUGGCUAAAUUGAGCUAACUAAUGUAUGCAUUACUUUACAUACCAUUUAUUUGUGGUGAGAACACUUAAAAUCUAUUGUCUUACCAGUUUCCAGGUAUAUAUUGUAUUGUUAUUAGCUAUAGUUACCAUGUUGUACAAUAGAUCUUUUGAACUUAAUUACUCCUGUCUUCCUCAUAACUUUGUGAUGGUAACAUUUUCUAGCAUUUGCAUUUCUGACAGCUUUAAAAAUUAUUAAAAGUUCAUUUGCUUUAUCUUAUUCAGUUCUCACAUAGACCACAUGAUUCAGGUUAAUUACCCCCAUGUCAGUGAAGGAAGGGAUGUGAGAUGGUGCAAUGAGGCAGCUUCAGAAGACUUGGGUUGUAGCUUUCCCUGUGUAACAUAUGAGUUUUGCAUUUGUGAAGAGGCAAUUUACACACUUGAAAUUUCAGCUUUUUCUCCUGGAAAAUAUGUAAGGGGGACACAGUGCUGUGGGGUUCAUUGCUAAGAGUCAUUAAUCAGAGAUUUAAUAACUUUCAAACACUAUUAAAGUGGCAUUAACGUAUUCCUAUUAAGACAGCGUAGUACCCUGGAGGGUAGUAAUUAUGUCCCGUUUUAUUUUUCAAACACUUAGUGCAGCACCUAAUGCAUAGUUGGUGCUCAGUGAAUAAUGGAUAAAUGGAUGAAUGGGACAGAGGUUGGCAAACUUCUUCUGUAAAAGGCAAGAUAGUAAAUGUUUUAGGCUUUGUCGGUCAUAUGAUCUCUCACAACUACUCAGAGCUGCUUUUUGACUGCAAAAGCAGCCAUACACAAUAUGUAAGUAAUAAGCAUGGAUGUGUUUCAGUAAAAUUAUGUAUGACCACUGAAAUUUGAAUUUUAUAUAAUUCUCAUAUGUCAUGAAAUACUCUUCUUCUGAUUUUUUCCCAACUAUUAAAAUAUGUAAAAACAGUUUUUAGCCUGUAAAAUGUACAAAAACAGAUGGGCCAGAUUUAUUUUGUCAAUCCCUGGAAUAAAACAUGAAUAUCAGUUAAAUUAAGCAUGUAUCUGAAGCCUAAGCAUCGUACAGUAUACCCAUGUAACAGACCUCUGCUUGUAACUCUGAAUUAAAAUUAAAGUUGAAAUUCUUUAAAAAAAAUAAAACUUAUUAUGGUCAUUUUGUAAGCAUAUUUUUUAUAAUCAUUUCAAUAAACUAGAAGAUUUAUUUGGUCAUUCACUAAUAUGAUAUUAUUAGCAUAAGAAUAACAGGGAAAAAUCAAACUUACUGUACUGGAUUAAAUACAAUUUUGUGUUUCUUGUACUGUGCUAUGCAGAAUUUGAUCAAAUAUUGUUAACCUUUAUUUCAUUUUUGGAUUCAUUUAAAUAGACUGAAAAAGUUGAAAAGGAAAGUAUGCAUUGAGGAACAACUGAUGAGGCGAUAAGAUGAUGUAACCCACUUGGUGUUAUGGAAAGUCACGAAACUGUGCAGACUUGGUCCAUUGCAAAUUCGCGCUAUCGAACCUCAUUUAGGUUCUUAAUGCUACUUGUCAAUUCUUUUCUUAUUCAUUGCUUGUUAAAUUCUUACUGCAUUCCUCAUAGCAGCUGUUUUAGAUUUUCUGUGCUUUCAGCUUCUACUCUCAUGGCCUCUCACUCACUCUAAGCAGAUGACUCUACUCCUUCUGGACUUGCUGGCCAAUGCAAGCUCCUGUAGGUUUUCUCCCCUCCUCCUCAGAGAUCUCUGCUGCCACUCAUUUCCCAUAACCUCACAUUCCUCUUAAUCUUCACUUCUUUGUUUUCUUUCAUUGUAGGGGAAAAUGUGUCAUUUACACUUCUGCUCUUUCCACCACCAUUUUCUUUUCUUUUCUUUUUAUUUUCCUGAGCUGAGGGUUUUGCUGUUUCCCAGGCUGGACUUGAACUCUUGGGCUCAAGCUGUCCUCCCACUUCAGCCUUUUGAGUAGCUGGAAUUACAGUUGUGAUUCACCGCACCCAGCGUCUACCACUAUUUUAAAACGUAUUCCAUAAAACUAUUCAAUUAUUUUCUUUAUCUCUUCUAUUAGUAUUUCUCUGCUUUCUUACUGGCUCUUUCUCUUAUUUUAUAAACAUUCGUAGAUAUCCUAAUCUUUUAAGACAGGGCUUAUUCAGCUUUUCUUCACGAAUGUCUCCCACAAGCCAGCCUCUGUUCUGCUUGGGCUUGGCUUCACUUCUGUUCUUACUGGUAAGUGCCCCCACAACAUCGCCCCUUCCCCCUUUACUUAACACAAACAAUCAAAAAAAUCCAUAUCAAACGUAACCAUCUUUUAGACCUUCUGCUUAUUUCAGAUCAUUGUUCAGUCUCCUUUAGGUUAAUCAUUUUAUGUUCCAAAAAUAACGUUGUCUUUAUCCCAAUAUAGCUUAUUCCUUUAGUCCUUGCAAUCUGCAUUCUCUUUUCACUGUUUUUUUGAAUCUGUUCUCAGGAAUCACCAAUGUUGUGUUUAUCAGGGGAUAAAUACAACAAACUAUUAUUAAUAAUAAUCUUCUUUUAACUCCCUAGCAUUUAUCCUUUGAUGGCUAAUGCAUACUUCCUAGAAAUGUUUAUUCUUUGGCCUUCUUACCCCAGAUAGUUUUCUCUCUGAAAAUGUUAAUGGCUCUUUUUCCUCCCUGCCCCAAAGGUUGGUGUUCUGCAAAGUCAUAUCCUAGUCUCUCUUUUUCCUCUCUCUCUGUUUAAUACUACCCAUCUAUAUUCCAUUUUACCACCGUCAAGCUGAUGGUUUACACACCAUUCCAGCCCUCUCCUUCCUGGGCUCCAGUUCUGCAUUGUCAGGAGUCUGGGACAUCUGCCCUGAGUGCCUUAUAGGCACCUCAAACUCAUCAUGCUUAAAACUGAACUAAUGAUUUUUCACUAAAACUGUCUCUUACUUUAUUAAUUUCAUUCCAGGUUUUUCUAAAAGAAGCGCCAUUUCCUUGGUAAUUAAAUCUUGGAGCCAUCCUUGACUCAUUGAUUUUUAUUGCCUCCCUUUGACAAUUCUCCAGUCCUAACAAUUUACCUUUGAAAUAUUUUUGGUAUCUUUCUCUUUAUAUUCCUCCUGCUGUGACCUUAGUUUAGUCUUUAAUUACCACAUACUUAAUAAAUUAGUAGUAUUCUUUUUAUUGGUCUCAUUUCUUAAAGAGUCACCUCUCUCUAAUACAUUUUAACAUCUUCCCAAAAUAUUGGUUUUAAAUUACUUCACUUUGGUUGUAUUAUUUCACUGCUCAAUAAUAACAGCUGGCAAGUAUGGAGGGCUUAUAGUGUAUCAGGAAAGGCUUUAAGGAGUCUUGAGUUCUAAAUGGACAGGCUUAAUUAAUCCUCACAAUAAUCUUAUGAGGUAGCUGGUAUUAUCAUUUAACUGUGAAGAACACUGAGCCUGCUAGAGUUCAAUUCAUCCACGAUCACACAGAUUAUGAGCUGUAAGGUCAGGAAUCCAAGGUUGCCCUCUCCCCACCCCUCAAUGCAGGAUGUGGGGUUGAGUUUGUGUGGGGAGUUGUGGGGCAGCACCUAGGAUAUUAACUGCUCACUGUAAUGUCUUUUGUGAGUGACUGCCUCCAAUGACUUUUAAUUUUCAGAAGUAUCAAACACAGAACCAGUGUAAUGACUUAUGUCCUAUUCAUAAUUCGCAUACAUACGCACUGGGUCUUUGGUCUGCGUAGUUCUGUUUAAAUUGUUCCCUGGACUCCCAUGAUUCUUUCCUUCUUCUUUAGGCUGAAAGUUUUCAUAUAAAACCCCUCCAUCACCUUUCAACACUUAUUUAAGCACUAGAGUCUAUCUCACCCAAGAGGUACCCUUGUCUCCUGGCUGCUAAUUGCAUUUACCUUGUUUCCUUUAUAUUUUAUUUAUCAUAUAUUGGGUGGUAUUCAGAACACUGAUGUUUGUGUGUUAUCUCUCUUACUAGGUCGUAAUUUCUGCAUGCAUUAAAGCCGUAAUCAAUAGCAAUAAAAUAAUUGAAAUGAGUUUAAUAUAUAUUCUAUUUAUCAUUUUUAAGAAUGUAAAAACUCAUUUGAAGAAAGAGAGAGAAACAGUAAAUUUCUCCCCAGACACCAGAUAGUCUCAGAUUAUGCCAUAGUUUCUGGUCUUUAAUUACUAUUGAAACUUCAAGUACUGUUAUCACAAGAAUGGAGAUUUUCCCAGUAGCCCUGAUUCUGAAUAAAUGGGAAGUACAGUAUCAGAAAUUUGCCAUGAGAACCUGGUCUUCUGAAGCUUCACAUCCUAAGUGCUUGAACUUUUUCAUGGCUCUUGCUAAGUCUUCACAAGUGUGCCCAUAAUUCUCUAUUACCUAGCUAGUUUGGACUCUAGAAUAUUAGUUCCAAAACCAUAUCCAGAACAGAUGAAAGCUAGAUAUCACAAGACCAAAAGCUGUAGCAACAAAAUCUUCCGGACAAACAGAGCUGUCAGUUAGUGUGAUUACGGGAUAACCACAGAGGACUGUGAAGAAGCACAAAGCUGAAGUGUUGUAGGAUUGCGUUUUCCUCUUUUAGCUACUCCAAGUGCAAAUCACUCUUGUCCUUGGAAAAGUGGUAUGGUUGGAAGAUAUAGUUACAGUAAAACAAAUUUGGAAUCAUUGUUUUUCUAUGAACCUCAAGUCUAGCCAAACUAAACCCCCUUUAGAGGCUCUGUGAAAUAUCCUAUUGUUUUCUUUCUUUAUUAUGGCCAUGAACUUCCUAAAAUUAAAUUCAGAAUCAUAGCAAGAGCUACCUGGCUUGUGAAAGUCUAAAUUUGCUGACACACUAAUGUCUUAAGUGAUCAGUCAACCGUUGGUCUUGCAUCCUAUGAAUGCUUUCGUGAGUUGGAGCUUCUUAGUCCUACGUCGUGGGUCUCAAAUUUUGGUGUCCAUGAGAAUCAGCUGGAAAACAUGGAAUAUAAAAUUCUCAGAUUCCUACCCAGUCUGCACAAAUCAGAAUCUCUGAAUGCAGAACAGAGAAUUUCAUUUGUAGCAACUGCCUUAGUGAUUCUAAUGCACAUAAAUGACCGAAAACAUGCCUCUGUGGUUAUUAUAUUUUUUGUAAUUAUCUCUAUAUAUAUUAGCCUCUGUCUAAAACACUCUUUGUCAGAGCAGUCAGUGUUUUGGUCAAGUUUUUGUGACUUUGAUAUCUAUUCCGAAGUCUGAAACAUAUCACACACUACCAUGUGGUUAUUUAACUAGCUCGUGAAUACUUUAUGUAGAAACAGUGAACCAGAGUGGGGAAAAAGAAUAUCCCAAUAAUUAAGGAUUUGAGUUGCGACUCUCUACCAGAGUAGGCAUCAUUUUAUUUUUGGUUCUUACGGAUAGGAUGUUUUAAAAGUGUAGUUAUUCCUGUUUAUGCUUCAUCAAUAACUAACAUGAAUAAUUUAAACAUAGUAUAUAUGGGCAUUAGACUACUUAUUUGAAGGAAACUUCAAAAUGUAUUAACUUAGGUCAAAAAGCAGAGCAUUGAAGGGCAGAGAAAUGUGAGUUGCUCAUCCUGCCACAUAACUUUUACAUUUAUUUCUGCCAUUUAUAGUCCCUGAGAAUUAUGAAGUCUUUGUAAAUCUUACUACUUCUCCCUCAUCCUUUGUCUUUAUGUAAUUUCCUUCUAUUUCCCCUCACAGAUUAUUUCAUUUUCUUUUCUCUCCUAUCCUCUUGCUCUUCCUUUAUUCCUAAUUCUCUCUUAUAGAAUUACGAUCAUAGCCAUAAAUAAUUUUUAAAAUAAACUUUGAGGUUUAAUUUGCAUAAAGUUAAGUGUAUCUAUUUAAACUGCACAGUUCAGUGAGUUUUGACAAUUACCUGUGCCCAUGUAAACACCACUGCAACCAAGGUACAGGACAUUUCCAUAACCCCCAUCAUUCUCUCAUGAUCCUUUGGAACAUUCUUCUCCCUGAUCCCGUCUGCCCCUGGCAAAUAUUGGUCUGCUUUCUGUUGUCAUAGAUUAGUUUUGUCUGUUCUAGAAUUUCAUAUGAAUGGGAUCACACAGUUUAUACUUUUUUAUAUUUGCCUCUAUCAUUCAGCAUCAUUUGUUUUUUUGAUGGAGUCUUACUUUGUCACCAGAUUGGACUGUAGUGGUGUGAUCUUGGCUCACUGCAACCUCCACCUCCCGAUUCAAGCGAUUCUCCUGUCUAGGCCUUCCGAGUAGCUGGGACUACAGGCACGCGCCACCACGCCCAGCUAAUUUUUAUAUUUUUAGUAGAGAUGGGGUUUCACCAUGUUGGCCAGGAUAGUCUCAAUCUCUUGACCUAGUAGUUUGCCCGCCUCAGCCUCCCAAAGUGUCCUUACAGGCAUGAGCCACCUUGUCCCAGCAACAUCAUGGUUUUAAGAUUCAUUUAUGUUGCUCUAUGUAUCAGUAGUUCAUUUUUAUUUUUAAAUUCCAUUUUAUGAAUAUAUCACACUUUUUUAAUUCAUUUGCCUGUUGUUCACAUUUGGGUUGUUUCCAGUUUUUGGCUAUGACAAAGCUGCUAUGAACUUUUUUGUCUGAGUGUUUGUGUGGACAUAUGUUUUAAUUUUUCUGAGGUAAUCACACAGGAGUUGAUUUGCUGGGUAGAUGAUAAGUACUUUGUGGGAAUGCUCCCAUGUGAGACCCCCAAGUAGUGGGUCACACCAUAUGGUUGAGCUUGAUCCCGGACACAGGCCCCCUGUUGGAGGUAGUCGAGCUAUGGGGAAGAAGAACUGCAAGAAAGCUUAUGUGAUAUACAAAAAAUAACACGAGUUAUUACUCUAUUGUGCUGAGGUGACGGGAGGCAUGGUGUCCACUUUUGGUUCUGACGGUGUCCACUUUUGGUUCUCUAUUCAUUAUAGUUUCUUCUUAAAGUUAUGACUUAAAUCUUCAAAGCAAGCUGAUAGUAAGAAUUGCCUUGUUUAUGUCUUUCCUGCACCUGGACCCUUGAUGUGGUAUUUACAAUACUGCUUGUGACUUAAUGAUUUAUAAUGUAGCCUGUGAUUUUCUUGUGAAACUCCUGCCCUAGAUAAAUAGUUUCUUUUAAACUUCUAAACUUAGAUAUUGCACCUGGACUCUUGUGACUGAUAAUUGCACCCCCCGCUUUAACCUGAUUAUGUAUCUCCCUGUUCCCAGCAUAUUUAUUCCAAAAUAUGAUGACUUGUGAUUGUAUUGUAAAACUUUCUGUUCCCCUUUAUCUCACGAAACACUGAUCCCAUGAUGUAAACACUUCUACUUGUAAUGUAUAUAACCAGACCCUGAGUUCGAUAAAGCUGUUGGUGAAGCAUCUGACUUCUCAACCCUCCAGACCCUGUCUGCUGUUCUUUCUUCUUCUCUUCCGUGCACCCCCCUUUCCAGGUUGGGACCCUGUUGCUGGCCAAGAGCCCCCCAGCAGACGUGCCGGCACCCACAGUUUGGCGACCAUGAAGGGACUGGAUAUUGGGGAUUUCGGUGACGCUUAAACAGUGAGAGACUGCGGUAGUCCACCCAGAAUAUUGAAAACAGAUAAUGGUCCUGCCUAUAUUAGCAAAGGUUUUUCUUCCUUUUGUUCACAAUUUCAGAACCAGCACCAUACAGGCAUUCCUUAUAAUCCACAAGGAAUUGUUGAACGUACUCAUGCAAUUUUCAAAAUAACCUUAAAAACUACACAAAGGAGAACUUGGCAUUGAAUUGCACAAGACAUCUCAUAAUUGGCUUAAACAUGCCUUGUAUGUUCUUAAUUUUUUACUUCUUGACUCUGAAGAUCGAUCAGCAGCUGACCGCUUUUGGUACCCGAAAGCCUCUGCUUAUCCAGAGGUACUAUGGAAAGAUGUCCUCACUAACAAAUGGAAUGGGCCUGAUCCAGUCCUCAUCUGGGGACGAGGACAUGUUUGUGUCUUUCCUAGGUCCGCUGACACCCCUGUGUGGGUUCCAGAACGACUGGUCAAGCAUGGAUUUCCUGUCAAUGAACAGAUCAAACACCCUGAUUCCUCACUUUCGGCGAAUGUACCUGAGAACUCCACCAUUGCGCCGCGGACGGAGAACCAGACGAACGACAGUUACCUUCCAACGCUGCGAUCUUCCGACAUGGGCACAACUGAGGAGACUGAAGAUGCUCGACUGGUUGAUCAACACUCUCCUCAUACUCCUAUUAUUAUGUUUGUUGCUAUGAUGGCUAUUUUGUCCUGUCAAGUACCUACUGCUCUAUCCUUUCCUUUGCCACGGCCUUCCCAGACACUAUGGGCAUAUGUACCUGACCCCCUUUUACUUAGACCUGUCACUUGGGAUGACCCUGCUUUUCCAGUUUAUAUUAAUGACACCUCUAUUCUUGGCUUUCCUUCCUCUUCUCAUAUUACUCCUCAGAUGGCCACUUAUACCUACUCUGCUCAAGCUGCCGCCCCACCUAUGUGCUUUUAUACAUCAAAAGUUUGGGAUGAUUAUUCAUAUGUUAAUAUUGUUUCUCUGCAACUUCCCUCAUUAUCAUUUCCACCUGGCCCGUUCUGCUUUGAUCUUGGUAAAAAACGAAUUCAUACCUUUAAUGGCCCUAGUGAUGUCCUCCCCGGUGAGACACUGUUUGGUAGAGUCUGGAGCCUUUCCUAUUUAGGCAUUAGGGAAAUCUUAUAAUGCUUCUUCUCCAGAAUUUCCUCUUAUAGAGAGAAGACGGUGUCGACCCAGCAAUUCCUCCUCAGACCUGUCACCCCCUUGGAAAAUGUGUUUUCCCAACCAGAAACAAACCCUUCGUUAUACUCUGCCCACAGGCUUUAUCUUGUAUGAUUGGUCUAUCCCUCAUCCUCUUGGGACUUAUCUUACCCGAUAUGAAAUGCCUGGUGGCUGGAGCACUCCUAUUUUUACUACAAAAACAGGAAAAGCUUAUACUUCUCUCUGGAAAUUGUUCCUGGCUUUAACCCCUGGUUUUGUUAGGGCUAGCUCUCGCAGUUCCUCUUAUCCUUCUAAACAUGAUAUCCAUGUACAAGCUUGUAUUGCCUCUCCUUAUGCUAUCAUUGCUGGUAAUGUAUCCUUCACAGAAUGUAAGGGUCAUUAUUCUACUUUUUGUAACAAUUGCAUUUUGACUAAUUGUCUUGAUUCCCCACUGUUUCCCCUUCCCACUAUAUUGAUUAUCCAUCAGCCUCCAUAUGUGAUGCUUCCUGUAAAUAUCUCUGGCUCUUGGUAUGAUGAAAGAGGCCUGCAAAUCUUACACCAGGUCCGAGACCUUAUGGUCCGUUCUAAACGUUUUAUUAGUAUAUUCAUUGCUAGCAUUUUGGCCAUUGUGUCUGUGGUCGCGACUGCUGCCGUGGCUGCUGCUGGUUUAGCUCACAGUGUUCAGACUGCAGCUUAUGUUAAUUACCUUGCUAAAAAUAUUUCUGUUUCUAUGGGUGCUCAAUUGGACAUUGACAAAAAACUUGAUGAAAAACUUAAUGCUUUGGAACAAACUGUAAACAUUUUAGGUGACAAAAUUUAUAAUAUUCAGAAUCAUAUGGCACUUCAUUGUCAUGUGGAUUAUAAUUAUAUUUGUGUAACUAAUGCUCCUUACAGUGAUUCUGCCUGGCAAUGGCCAUUAGUCAAGGCACAUCUUCAGGGAAUAUGGUCUCAUGACAACCUGUCUCUGGAUGUUUUUAAAUUACAACAAGAAAUUCACGCUGUUGACUUCUCCCGUAAAGAGUUACUUGAUGUUCUUCUGUGGCAAAAGAUAUAGUUAAUGCUAUACUUUCCUGGUCACAGGGACUUUACCUUCCAUCCCUCUCCUCCGUGAUUGGCAUUGGAGUCAUUGUACUCCUUCUCCUGAUCUUUCUUCCAGUGCUCUUUUGCCUUGUGUUCUCCUCCCUCCAACAAAUGCGCCUCAAACUUUUUGAGUUGUAUUUAAAAACAAAGAAAGGGGGAACUGUGGAAACGCUCCCAUAUGAGACCCCCAAGUAGUGGGUCACACUAUAUGAUUGAGCUUGAUCCCGGACACGGGCCCCCUGUUGGAGGUAGUCGAGCUAUGGGGAAGAACUGCAAGAAAGCUUAUGUGAUAUACAAAAAAUAACACGUGUUAUUACUCUAUUGUGCUGAGGUGACGGGAGGCAUGGUGUCCACUUUUUGUUCUGAUAGUGUCCACUUUUGGUUCUCUAUUCAUUAUAGUUUCUUCUUAAAGUUAUGACUUAAAUCUUCAAAGCAAGCUGAUAGUAAGAAUUGCCUUGUUUAUGUCUUUCCUGCACCUGGACCCUUGAUGUGGUAUUUACAAUACUGCUUGUGACUUAAUGAUUUAUAAUGUAGCCUGUGAUUUUCUUGUGAAACUCCUGCCCUAGAUAAAUAGUUUCUUUUAAACUUCUAAACUUAGAUAUUGCACCUGGACUCUUGUGACUGAUAAUUGCACCCCCCGCUUUAACCUGAUUAUGUAUCUCCCUGUUCCCAGCAUAUUUAUCCAAAAUAUGGUGACUUGUGAUUGUAUUGUAAAACUUUCUGUUCCCCUUUAUCUCACGAAACACUGAUCCCAUGACGUAAACACUUCUACUUGCAAUGUAUAUAACCAGACCCUGAGUUCGAUAAAGCUGUUGGUGAAGCAUCUGACUUCUCAACCCUCCAGACCCCAUCUGUCGUUCUUUCUUCUUCUCUUCCGUGCACCCCCCUUUCCAGGUUGGGACCCUGUUGCUGGCCAAGAGCCCCCCGACAGAUGUGCCGGCACCCACAGUACUUGUUUCAGUUUAUACGAAACUGCCAACUGGUUUCCAAAGUAAUUGUGCCAUUACCUUCCCAUUAGAAAAGUAGGAGAGUUGUACUUUCUUCACAUUCUUGUCAAUAAUUGGUAUUGUUAGUCUUUAUAAUUAUAGUCAUUCUGGUGGAUGAGCAGCAGUAUUUCAUGGUGAUUUUAUUCUGCAUUUCUCUGAGGUCUAAUGAUAUUGAGCAUCUUUUCAUGUGCUUGCGGGAUAGCUGUAUAACUUUUUAAGUGGUCUGUUUCAAUCUUGUCAAUUUAAAUUAUAUUUAAUUUAGUAAUUUAUUAUGAGGUACAUAGUUAUUUAUAUAUCAGCAACAUGUAAUUUGUUUCUAAUUUAAAAGUGCUAGUUUUCUGUUCAACUAAAGUAGAUGAGUCCCUGAUUUAAUUAAACAAUUCCUGUAUUUUGGCUUAUUUCUAUCUCAAGCACAGUCGUUAACCAGCUGAAAAAUCUGUCAUGAGGCCAGAAAUGGCUAUCAACUGCCGCAUAAUAAUUGCCUAAUACUUUUGUAAAAGACCCACACCCAGGGUAAAUAUUAGAUAGUAAUAUUAUCAGAGAAAAACAGCAGUCGAUGGGUAGCUGAGUGACUCCAUAAACAAUCUCCUAUAGCAAACAGAAAUGGAAUUGGAUCAACUAUAAAAGCUAGAUUAAUUUCUGCAGUUGAAUUGGCAAACCAUAUGAUAACAUUGAAGCAUAUGUCAAAAUAAGUGCAUAUAUGCCUGGGUGAGAGUGAUCUCCCUCAGUCCUCUCAGUGCAACACUGAAGUCACUGAGGUGUCUCAUACUCUCAUCUCCAAUGUCAAGAUGCAGUAGAUUCUUGACAUUCAUGGUAGUUAUGUUCUAUAAAGUUGCUGAAAACAUUGAAUUAGUGAAAACAGUGAAUUAACUCUUAGAGGAAACAUAUAAAUCAAAUAUCAUAUUUAAUCUUAAAAUCUCAUCCUGGUGGAUUUUAUUCUCUUUAUUUUACAAAAGACAUAAGGAGAUUGAGAAGUGCUAAGUGACAUGUCUGUGUUGCCAUCCUAACAGACGCUAGAGUUGGGAUUUGAGCCCCUCCCACCUGGCCCCAGGCUGGAGCUUCUGGCACUGCUUGGCCCUGCCCUGACUGCCUGUGUUUUCUGGUCAUCUUUGUAUGGGAGCAGAAACAUGAAGGCAGCACAUUGCCUUGUUCUACCUCAGCUGCAACCAGUGCUUUAGACAACUCAAAUGUUUUGCUCCUCUGUGCAUGUCCACAAAUUAUGACAAAAUCUCUGGGAAUACUGAUUUGGGGAUUACAAAUAAAAUUUAACAAGCAGGUGAAUUCAUGGUUACUGAAUCUGUGAAAAGGAAUUGAUUUUACAUAUGAGAACAUAAAAGCAUUCACACACAUUCAUUCACAGGAGCACAUGCAGUUUCUGCAUGAGUGGAAGAGGGAGCAGGCAGGAUGGUGACAAGAAAUGGUCUGUGAUUUUUUUUCACUUUCAUUCUGAAUUGGACACCAAUGAGAUUCUUUGAUUAUUUUAAGGUUUCUGAUUUAUGUCAUGGUUAUGUCUAUAUGGCUAGUUGACUUUUUUAUGGUUAAAGUGAAGUAGCCUAUUGGUUAACAGAGCUACAAAAUCUAGGUCAUGUAAAUAUCUAAUCAUUUGUACUGAUGUGUAAUAUAGCCUCACAUCUCAAAUUAAACAAAUGCCGGUAGAUUUUGUCAGCAAUAUUGAUAAAACCUGAAUCACAAAACAUAGAAGAGUUCCACCAGCUAUUAUAUCUUUGCUUUUGCUAUUUCUUCAUUUGAGGUCAUCAAAGGUCUGUGCGAGAUGAUUCCGGCUAUUUCCAGAGCUCAGUUGGAGAGAUCAAGUAAUGACAUUCGGCAGAAACAUUAAAGCUAUGCUAGCUUCGUACAACUGUUAACAACCAGAAUAUUAUUCCAGACAAGUUAGACCUAGGAAGCAAUUGGAAGGAUUCAGCAAAUCACAAAAUAGGAGCAGGUGAAAAAGUUUUAAGGUGGAAUAUCAUUCAGGUAUAGGUCUACCACCUUAAAUUGUUCAGCUCAGCCUUAAUACUUUUGGAACAGAGAAUUAUUUGGACCAAGCUUUUCUUUUUCACUAAGUUUUGAUUCUUUCUACAAUAUGCUGGCUAAUUUGUUUUACAAUAUAAAUAUUUUUACAUGUAGACCAUUACUUAAUAGCAAAACAUUUUCAUGAUUAAUUUUUCUUUAUCUUAAUAUGGUGUUUAUAUUUUGAAUAAGAAUUAGUUUUACUAAUUGUAUCUACUAAUGAAUGUGUAUCUUGAAAUAUGUUUGGAGUUUGUUCUGUGCUAAGCUUAUAUGUUUUUGGAUUUGAAAUGUAUAAAACAUUUAAUUUCAGGUAUGUUUAUACAAUCUGUGAUAGUUUAAAAUAAACUGUAAAUAUUUAAAAAAACACCAGUGUUAACACCAUUCCUAUUGAAAGUAUCCCAAAAAAUUGAAAAGGAGGGACUCCUCCCCUUAACUCAUUCUAUGAGGCCAGCAUUAUCCUGAUACCAAAACCUGGCAGUGAUAUAACAACAGCAACAACAAAACUUCAGGCCAAUAUCUUUGUUGAGCAUUCAGGCAAAAAUUCUCAGCAAAAUACUGGCAAACCGAAUCCAGAAGCACAUCAACAAGCUUGUCCACUACAAUCAAGUAGGCUUCAUCCCCAGGAUACAAGUUUGGUUCAACAUAUGCAAAUCAAAAAAUGUGAUGCAUCACAUAAGCAGAAAAAAAAAACACUUGAUUAUCUCAACAGAUGCAGAAAAGGUCCAUGAUAAGAUUCAACACUUCAUGUUAAAAACUCUGAAUAAAUGAGAUAUUGAAGAAACGCACCUCAAAAUAAUAAGAGCCAUAUGUAACAAACCCAUAGCCAAUAUUCCAAAUGGGCAAAAGCUGGAAGCAUUAUUCUUGAAAACAGCACAAGACAAAGUUGUACUCUCCCAUCACUCCUACUCAACAUAGUGUGGGAAGAUAUGGCCAGGGAAAUCAGGAAAGAGAAAGAAAAAGCAUAUUCAAAUAAGAAGAGAGGAAAUGAAACUCUCUUUGUUUGCAGAUGAUAUGAUUUUAUAUCUAGAAAAGCCCAUUGUCUCAACCCAAAAAUUUCUUAAGCUGAUAAGCAACUUCAGCUAAGUCUCAGGAUACAAAAUCAAUGUGCAAAUAGCAUUUCUAUAUAUCAGCAAUAGUUAAGCUGAGAGCCAAAUCAUGAAUGAACUCCUAUUCACAAUUACUACAAAGAGAAUAAAAUACCUAGGAAUUCAGCUAAUGAGGGAAGUGAAAGGCCUCUUUUAGGAGAACUACAAACCACUACUAAAAGAAAUGAGAAAUGACACAAAAAAAAUUGAAAAAUAUUCCAUGCUUAUGGAUAGGAAGAAUCAAUAUUGGUAAAAUGGCAUUUCUGCCCAAAGCAAUUUAUAGAUUCAAUGCUAUUCUCAUUAAACUACCACUGACAUUCUUUACAGAACUAGAAGAAAACUACUUUAAAAUUCAUAUAGAACAGAAAAAGAGCCCGAUAGCCAAGGCAAUUCUAAGCAAAAAGAAUAAAGUGAGAGGCAUCAUGCUACCCAACUUCAAACUAUACUACAGGGAUACAGUUAUCAAAACAGCAUGGUUCUUGUACAAGAACAUGGAACAGAAGAGAGAACUCAGAAAUAAGACCAUACACCUACAGCUAGGGAAUCAUUCACAUUUGAUUGAAGAACUGAGACUUCAUUGAAAUUGUUUAUCAGCUUAAGCUUUGGAUCUUCCACAAACUUGACAAAAACAAGCAAUGGGGAAAUGAUUCCCUAUUUAAUAAAUAGUUCUUGGAGAACUGGCUAGCAUAUAUGGAAAACUGAAACAGGACCACUUCCUUCCAUCUUAUACAAAAAUCAACUCAAGAUGGAUUAAAGACUUAAAUGUAAAAACCCAAAUGUAAUCCCAGCACUUCGGGAGGCCAAGGAAGGCAGAUCACCUGAGGUCAGUAGUUUGAGACUAGCCUGGCUAACAUGGUGAAACCCCAUCUUUACUAAAAAUACAAAAAAUUAGCCUGGUGUGGUGCCACACACUUAUAAUUCCAGCUACUUGCAAGGCUGAGGCAGGAGAAUCACUUGAACCUGGGAGGUGGAGGUUGCAGUGAGCCAAGAUCGCACCAUUGCACUCCAGCUUGGGGAACAAGAGUGAAACUCCAUCUCAAAACAAAAACAAAAAACCAAAACCAAAACACCCUGGAAGUGUUGGUGGGUUUUGGGGUGCAGGGGAGCGCUCAGCUCGCUCCCUGGUGGACUCCAGGCUCUGGGUCUCUCGCUUUCUCAAGAAUAGGAGAGGGGACCAUGGUGGGUGUGCUCGUAAAUACUGUACCCCAAAAAAGUUUUUGUAGAAAAGUGAUUUAUUUCAGCAGAGCCAAAGGAGAAGGAGAGAGAAAGAAGCAGCUAGCUCUCACACUGAGUGAGAGAAAGAAAAGGCACUCUCACACUGAGUGAGAAGGGUUCCCAGAGAGGGAAAACCAGAGAAGGAAAGCUCCUCGCACACUGAGUGAGAGAAUCCAGAAAGAUAGAAUCCAGGAGAGGAAAGACAGCUUCCACAUUGGAUGGAAGGGGACCCCAGAGGGGGAAUUUCAGGAUAGAGAAAGACAGCUUCCACACUGAGUGGAGGGGAAGAGAGAGAGAGAGAGAGAGAGAGAGAGAGAGAGAGAGAGAGAGAGAGAGAGAGAGAUAUGGAGUUUAGGAGGGGAAGACAAGCUUCCACGAGAGUGUGCAAGGGGACCCCAGAAGGGAAAUUCGCCCAGAUGAGGGAGACGGGACUUUUAACCUGGGAGGAACUCCCACCUUCUCUCAGACUCCUGGCCAAUGAAAGGAGUUCCUUUGAACUUCUGCUGGAGUGACUGACUUUUGACCCUUUCCCACACCCAUGAAAAUUAAAACAGAAACCAUUAAAUCUCCCAAAUGGAGAGGCAUGGGAGGGGAGCAUGGUGCUGGGAAGUUCUUGCCCUUGAAACUAUGCCCCUUCGUGGACCUGAAAAGAGAACACAUUCCCUCAAUAGGAAACCUAGGCAAUACCAUUCAGGACAUAGGCACAGGCAAAGAUUUCAUGACGAAAGCACCAAAAGCAUUUGCAGCAAAAGCAAAAAUUGACAAUGGAAUCUAAUUAAAGUGUUUCUGCAUAGCAAAAGAAACUAUCAACAGAGUAAACAGACAACUUACAGAAUGGGAAAAAUUUUGCAAACUCUGCAUCUGACAAAGGUCUAAUAUCCAGCAUCCAUCAGAACUUAAACAGAUGUAUGAAGCUCUAAUAUUCAGCAUCUGUCAGAAACUUAAACAGACUUACAAGAAAAAAACAACCCCAUUAACAAGUGGGCAAAGAACAUGAACAAGCACUUCUCAAAAGCAUCUGCCCAUGCAGCCAGCAAACAUGAAAAAAAGCUCAACAUCACUAAUCAUUAGAUAAAUGCAAGUCAAAACCACAAUGAGAUGUCUUUUCAUACCAGUCAGAAUGGCUAUUACUAAAAAGUCAAAAAAUAAUAGAUGCUGGAAAGGUUGAAGAGAAAAGGAACACUUUUACACUGUUGGUGGGAGUGUAAAUUAGUCCAACCAUUGUGGAAGACAGUGUAGCAAUUCCUCAAAGACCUAGAACCAGAAAUGCCAUUUACCCAGCAAUCCCAUUACUGGGUAUAUACCCAAAGGAAUAUAAAUGAUUCUAUUAUAAAGGUAAUAUGCAUGCCUAUGUUCAUUGCAGCAAUAUUCACAAUAGCAAAGACGUGGAAUCAACCCAAAUGUCCAUCAGUGAUAGACUGGACAAAGGAAAUGUGGUACACAUGCACCAUGGAAUACUAUGCAUCUAUAAAAAAGAAUGAAACCAUGUCGUUUGCAGGGACAUGAAUGGAGCUGGAGGCCAUUAUCUUUAACAAACUAACUCAGAAGCAGAUGUUCUCACUCAGAAGUGGAAGCUAAGUGAUGGAAACAUAUGGACACAUAGAGAGGAGCAACAUAGACUGGGGCCUACCGGAGGGAACAGGGGGAGGAGGGAGAAGAUCGGGAAAAAUAACUGAUGGUCACUAGCCUUAAUAACUGCGUGAUGAAAUAAUUUGUAUAACAUAUCCCCACGACACAUGUGUGUGUAUGUACCAAACCUGCACAUCCUGCACAGGUACCCCUGAAUUUAAAAUAAAAGUUAAAAUAAAACAUCAAAUUAAAAAAAUCAGAGUUGCUAUUUUAUUUGGGUACUGCAGUCUCUGAGUAGAAAUGAUUAGCUGGGACUAUUGACUACUAUCAACCCUGGAAUUUUUUUUAACUAUUUAAAUAAAAAUGAUUA